AAAAAGCACUGGAUUGCAUAACUUUUUCUAAAACAAUGAGACCCUUUCAAAGCUUAAUUGUUAUGGUUUUACUGACUUCAUUGUUUCUCAUUUUCCUCUCAACAUUACAUUUGGAGAAGACCCACAGUCACAGCCUGGAACAGAAAGAGCUAAGGAGGCCUCGGAUUAUUCAAGCAGCAGAAAAACUUAAUGCAACUGUCUCACCAUUGACCAAACAUGUGAGUUUUCCCACCGUAAAGCCUGAUGUCAGUGUGUCUGUUUCAAGUGGUCUGACACAGGCUAUCUCUAAAAACAAAGCCUACUGGAAUCGACUGCUUUACUCCACCCUUAGGCAGGUGAAUAGAAAAGAACUGGAGCAUCAUCAUCUGUGGUCUCACUGUAGGGAAGUCAACCAAGAACUCUUGAAAACCAAUAUUCAUGAUUUUGCUUCAUAUCCCUACAUGUUUCAGGACUUUUUAAUGGCCAUGAAUUGUAAGUCUCCUCCACUCCUGGUAAACCAGCCAGACAAAUGUCUGAACAGUGACAGAGGUGGGCAAACCUUCCUUCUUUUUGCGAUCAAGUCAAGACCUGGAAACUUUGAACAGAGGCACUCAGUGCGUGAGACCUGGGGAAGAGAGGAAGUUUUUCAGAAUAAUUUGAGAGUACGCACCCUGUUUCUACUGGGCAGCCCAUCAUCAGAUGACCCUGAUCUUGGUGCCUUGUUGUCAUUUGAAGCUAAAACCUUCAAGGACAUCCUUCAAUGGGACUUCAAUGAGUCUUUGCUGAACCUAACACUCAAAAUGGAUGCAUUUCUCCACUGGACUUUGAAAAAUUGUCCACAUGUUUCCUUUGUGUUUAGUGGGGAUGAUGAUGUUUUUGUUAACACACCAGCAUUACUAAGUUACCUGCAGUCUCUAGAGCCUUCAAAGGCUACUCAGCUCUUUGUUGGUCAUGUUAUAAGUACAGCUGCUCCACUCAGGGACCCUAAAAGCAAAUAUUAUAUCCCUCUGAGUUUCUAUGAUGGAACAUACCCUCCUUAUAUUGGGGGUGGUGGCUUUGCUGUCUCUGGGUCAUUAUUGCAACGGCUUCAUUCAAUUUCACGUGUUAUUCCUUUCUUCCCAAUUGACGAUGUUUACAUUGCAAUGUGUUUAAAAGCCUUAGGGAUUUCUCCUGAGGCACAUUCAGGUUUUCAAACAUUUGAUGUAAGUGAGCAGGACCGUCAGAACUUGUGUGUGCAUAAAGGUCUCAUACUGAUACACCAGCGAUCCCCCAGGGAGUUGAAGAAACUGUGGAGAGGAAUUCAUAGCCCACUUCUGACAUGUUAAAUUCCUUAUUCCA